UGCAGAGACGUGCACACGCACACGCACGCGGCCCAUAAAUUUAGAGGAGAGAAAGGGAGGAAGGAAAACCGCUGCCGAGCUCGUUGCAUUGCGACGUUGCUCUCGCUGCAAAUUACGAACAACUCGAGUAGAACAAGAAGAAGAAGAAGACGAAGAAGAACAAGAAGAAGCAGCAACAGCAGAAGAAUAAGAAGAAGAAGAAGAGGAGUAGCUAAUGUGCAAAGUCGAGUGCGAGUGAGUGAGUGAGUGAAUGAAUAAGUUAUGCGAGCGAGAUAGAGAGAGAAAGCCACCCCACCUCGAACGCGACUGCACACGCAUUGGCAAAAAGAGAAGCCCCCCUCUCGAGUCUCCCGAGUCUCUCGGGCGAGCGGACUCCAGGCCGAGUUCCUCUAUAUAGACACACACACACAGACGCAGAGAGAGAGAGAGAGACACAGAGGCAUACGUACGUACGUGUGUAGCCGCCAGUUGCCGCUGAAACUGCGCGCGAUUUCGCGCGAGUGUGUCUGUGCAUGCGAAGCGAGCGAGACGAGCAGCGAGAGAGCAGCAGCAGCAACCAAGGCCAAUAGGAAACGAACGACGGUCGACGGAGCGCGCGGUGCAUUGCAGCUCUUGCACUCAUGUCGUAUAAAUGUACUGCCGGUACCUCUUUCCGAGCCAGUCGUUCCUCUCAUCUCGUCAAUCGCGCAUCUCGAUUCUCGCCCGAUCGGAGCGCAGCAGCCCCUUCGCUAGCAGCCACUCUCGAGACGCUCCUCUCCUCACGAUCGACCUUCGACACUCGACGGUGGUCUGUGCUUCGGCGUUAGCAGCAGCACCUCGGCCCAACGACGCCCGAGAGCGCCUUGCGCCUUUGCCCUCCUUGCUCCUUCAUUCGUUGACUUUGUCCCGCGACUACGUAAUAUACCUACCGUUACGUAUAAACAUUCGGCGAGCGAGCCCGCAUCCAACGAGUAAGCGCGUUAACGAGUAAACAAACACAAGCCACAACAGGACAAGAAGAAGAAGAAGAGGGAGCCGAAGAAAAAUCGAGUCCUCGAGUGCGCGGCACAAAAUCUUCGAAUUUGCUCAGCCGAAGCCGCGACGAGAUACAGUGACAAGUUCGGAUUUCCGAACAAAUUGAAUCACGGAUAGCAUAUUAGUGCUAUCGAGCCUCUUGACGAUCGAGCUCUAAACAGCUAAAGAAAAAGCAGCAGCCUCGAAAUCUACCAUUCAGCUAUAAACAGCCGUAGCACGUGCAAUCGGAUAUUUGACUCGCAUUAUAUAGUAUACACAUACCUUGUUCAGAAUGAACCGGGGAAAGAAUAGUUUGGUCGCGAUAGCGGUGUCGCUGCUUUUGUUGAGCUCGACCUGCCGAUCGGACGCCUUCAGCCUCAGCCGGACGCUCCAUGACGUUGGACAAGACGUCGCCGAGGACGCGAGCCUCUACUCCCAGGAGAUGCGCGUCAAUGUGCCCGAAAUCAACUUGUCGACCGGACCGAAGAAAUCUUCGAAUUACGUGUCCAUAAAGAAAAGCCCACCGAGCGUGGUCGAUGUGUUACAAGGAAAUCGCUUGGAACUCGUGUGCGACGUCGAUGGAAGCCCACCACCAAAAGUAUACUGGAUCAUGGGUGACAAUCCGCAGCGCAAGGUGGCCCAACUCGAACGGGAAGGCACAGCCGACGUGUCGUACACAGCGAUAUCUCGCGAACUGUCGAGGCUCGUGAUCGACUGCGUCACUCCGCUGGAUCACGGCGUCGUGCACUGCGUGGCCGUCUCCGGUGACAAGAUGCUCAUCUCUCCACCCACCGUCAUCAACGUCAUUGACCACGAGGACGGAGGCCAGUGCAAGCAUUUUGGCGACGACCGCGAGACACCCGUAAUUACGCGCCACCGGCCGAUCUAUUUCUCGGAGAUGGGCUCGACCGUGGAGCUGCCUUGCGAGGCCAGCGGCAAUCCCCGACCCAAGGUCCACUGGUACAACGGCGAGGGCAAGCGCCUUGAUGACCCGCGCUUCAGCGUCCAGGCCGAUGGCAGCCUCGUGAUAGCCGACAUCCGCUGGCAGGACAUGGACGGAUACAAAUGCGUAGCUAGCUCGCCCCUAACCGGUCAUCAGGCCGAGGCGGUGACCUUCCUUUACCCCGCCGCCAAAUCGGAGGCGGAAAAGAGAAAGGCCAACGCUCUUUAGAGACAGAAAGAAAGAGAGCGAGAAAGAGAAAGAGAGUGAGAGCGAGAGAGAAAAAAAGAAAGACAGAAAGAAAAAAGCUACAACAACCUUAACAACUACUGAGAACAACACUUGUUCAGAAGAGGGCCAGCAGGACUUAUUAUUUGGGCUUCUUCGCAUACACCCGAACUGCUUUUGACAAUUUUGAACGAAAAUUGAGCAUGUAUGUGCUUCUGCGUUCAUCUGGGUUUUGAAUCGACAACCAAAAACCAUCAGCAAAACCAAGGAUAUUAAUGCACCAUAGCUUAAUAUUCUGUCCGUUGCCUGGCGAUUAAGUUAACACUAUGGUAAUUAAAUUUUUUUCUCACUUCUUUGCUUUCUCGCGUAAAUAAAUUUUUCGUAAUAGAGCCAAAAAAUCGUCAAAGGUACAGAUAAAAAAUACUUCAAAGAGAGGGAGAAUAAGAGAUGCGUUACUCUUUUUUAUCUUCUAAAUAGUCUUUGUAAUGCUGAUAUGUUUAUCAACUAUGACGACGAGCUUUUCGACGAAAUUCAUCUAGUCAUUUAUGUAAAAGAAAAAAAAUACAUAAAUUAUAUAUUUAUAUAUGUAAUAUAUAUAUAUAUGUAUGUAGGUAAUGGCGCAAUGAUUGCCUGCGAAGUCAUUGCAAAGUGCACCAAUAACCACCCGGUAACUUCACUUACUUUUUAUUAAUAACUUUUUUGCCUGUCGAGCAACUAACUAAACGAAACUCUCAAGAGCGGCGAACACUUAAUGUACAUUCCCUUACACCAUAUUAUUUGUAUUAUCAUUUUAUGUACAAUCGUUAUACUUUAAAACGGUUGCAGUUGAACUUAUGGUUUUUGUGGCUAGUUGUCACUGAGUCAAAUUAUAACGAGUGUACUAUUCAAUUGGAAAAAUCUGAUUCAUUUAUAUCUGUGUUAUUAUGUAUUCAUAUUUUUUACGCGUAACACUCAUGGUCAUGAUUAUUAUUCGCAAAUUUGUAUUAUUUGUCAUUAUGUUUUAUUGUUGUAAUCAUCGUAUCGUCAGAUUUUUAGCAAUUUUUAGCCAUACAAAUUUUAUAUAUUAUUUUAUUGAUGGUAUUAGUAGAAAAUUAUUGACAUAACUAUUACUGUAUAAUUAAUUACACAAUGACUGCGAACAGUAGAAAAAGGUUGGGGUGCCAAAGCGUUAUGUGCAGCAAUGCAAAAAUGCAUUUGCUUGCUAACUCGACUGCAAAAACCCUUUGCAUUAUUAUAAUUUACGUAGUAUAUGUUGAUAUAUGGUGUGUGAGUGUGAUUCUUCAUAAUAUAAUAAGUAUUUUUUCCUCGGUUUUUUUUUCGAAUGUACACUCAGGGACGUGUACACAUCAAGAUGCUCAUCUAGUACGAUAAAAAUUAAAAUGAAAUGAAAACAAUAAAAAUUAGCAAACAGAAGAUUCAAAAACCUUGAUCGUUAAAACUUCAAGAAAUGACCAACGAAAUUUAAUUUUUUUAAGUUAUUGAAAAAUACAACAGCAACAACAGAAGCAACAACAACAUCAACAAAACAGAAAAAAAGUAUUUGCAAGUUAUAUUAUGUGUGAGUAAGAUAUAUUUGUAUUUGUACCUGACAAAAUACACAGGUAUGCAUAUUUAUGUAGUGCGAAAGCGAAAAAUUCAUUUCAUAUUGUACAUAAUAUGUGAUGAGUAUUAACAGAGACGAUUAAGAGCUCACGAACAAACAAAAACCUUAGGCAAUUUAAAUGUAUUAUAAUUAAAUGAAAACUGCAUAGUACAACCCAAAUUUUGUGGUUUAUUAUCGUACUUCGCUAGUUCUUUUAUUUUUUUGUCAAUUUCCGUUGUUCCUAAAUUUGUAUUUUAAUGACAAAAAUUAAGUUUUAAGUUUUGAGAAGUAUAUGAAAAGUUGACGAUGCUACAAUAAAACAAAUUUAUCCUGAA